GGUGUGGGCCGUCCUGGGCGGGCGUCCGAGGUGUGGGGUUGCGGCCCGAGGCGGCACUGGCGGCUCCCGGACGCUCCUUCCCAUUUCCUUUCCUUUCCCCCGUCUUCUCAGUGUGAUUUUCUUGGGCCAAAGCCAGUUUUUAGGUUGGAUUGCACAGAAAAGUGAAAAGAGAAUGCUCCACUUUAACCGAUGUCAGCACCUGAAACAAAUAACUCAGAAAUGCUUUUCUAGUACACAUGUGAAAACGGAUAAACAUGCACAGCUAUUUCUUUCAAGAACGUUUGCACUUGCAGAAUUAAGGAAGUCAUGGCACUCAAUCUACUCUCUUGUUGGAGACAAAAAUAUUAUCCUGAUGGGACCACCCGGUGCUGGGAAAACAACAGUAGGCAGAAUAAUAGGUCAGAAACUAGGUUGUUGUGUCAUAGAUGUGGAUGAUGAUAUCCUUGAAAAAACCUGGAAUAUGAGUGUGUCUGAAAAAUUGCAGGAUGUUGGUAAUGAGCAAUUUUUAGAAGAGGAAGGAAAAGCUGUGUUAAACUUCUCUGCAUCUGGAAGUGUGAUUUCCCUUACUGGGUCCAAUCCAAUGCAUGAUGCUAGCAUGUGGCAUCUGAAGAAAAAUGGAAUAAUUGUUUAUCUGGAUGUACCUCCAAUAGAUAUAGCUAGUCGUCUAAAAUUAAUGAAAAUAGAUAGGAUUGUAGGUCAGAAUUCUGGAACUUCUAUGAAAGACUUACUUAAGUUUAGAAGACAGUAUUAUAAGAAGUGGUACGAUACUCGUGUUUUAUGCGAAGAUGGGGCUUCCCCGGAGGAGGUGGCUGACAAAGUGCUGAAUGCAGUUAAAAGAUACCAAGAUGUGGACUCGGAAACAUUCAUUUCCACAAGACACAUUUGGCCUAAAGACUGUGAACAGAAGGUUCCAACAAAAUUCUUUAGUGAAGCUGUGACUGAGGGGUUAGCUCCUGAUGGUGGACUUUUUGUUCCCGAGAAGGAGUUUCCGAAAUUAAACUGUGGAGAGUGGAAAAGCCUCGUAGGAGCAACGUACAUAGAAAGAGCACAAGUACUCUUGGAAAAAUGUAUACAUCCUGCUGACAUACCUGCUUCCAGGUUGGGAGAAAUGAUUGAAACUGCUUAUGGGGAAAACUUUGCCUGCUCAAAAAUUGCCCCUGUCAGGCACCUGUCAGGCAACCAGUUCAUCCUGGAGUUGUUCCAUGGACCAACGGGAUCAUUUAAAGAUUUGUCUUUACAGCUCAUGCCCCAUCUUUUUGCACACUGUAUUCCACCAAGUUGUAAUUACAUGAUACUUGUAGCCACCUCAGGAGACACCGGGAGUGCAGUCUUAAAUGGCUUUAGUCAUCUUAGUAAGAACGACAAGCAAAGAAUAGCCGCGGCCGCAUUUUUUCCUGAGGAUGGAGUAAGUGAUUUUCAAAAAGCACAAAUAAUUGGCAGUCAGAACGAAAAUGGAUGGGCAGUAGGUGUCAAGUCAGAUUUUGAUUUUUGCCAGACAUCUAUAAAAAGGAUUUUUCAAGAUUCUGAUUUUACUGGCUUUCUUACUGUGGAAUAUGGAACAGUCUUAAGUUCAGCUAAUUCCAUAAACUGGGGCCGACUGCUUCCCCAAGUAGUUUAUCAUGCUUCUGCAUACCUUGAUCUCGUUAGCCAAGGAUUUAUUUCUUUUGGAAGCCCAGUCGAUGUGUGUAUUCCCACAGGAAACUUUGGUAACAUUUUAGCAGCAGUGUAUGCCAAAACCAUGGGAAUCCCUAUUCGAAAAUUUAUUUGUGCUUCUAAUCAGAACCAUGUUUUGACUGAUUUUAUAAAAACAGGACAUUAUGAUCUGAGGGAAAGAAAAUUAGCACAAACCUUUUCACCAGCAAUUGAUAUUCUCAAAUCUUCAAACCUGGAGCGACAUUUACACUUGAUGGCUAAUAAAGAUGGACAAUUAAUGACAAGAUUAUUUAAUCAAUUAGAAGAGCAGCAUCACUUCCAGAUAGAAAAGAUUCUAGUUGAGAAAGUUCAGCAGGAUUUUGUAGCUGACUGGUGCUCUGAGGAAGAGUGCCUAGCAGCUAUUCACUCCACCUACAAUACUUCCGGGUAUAUUUUGGAUCCACACACUGCUGUUGCAAAAGUAGUUGCAGACAGAAUGCAAGAUAAAACCUGCCCAGUGAUCAUCUCAUCUACAGCUCAUUACUCAAAGUUUGCACCUGCUAUCAUGCAGGCUUUAAAGAUCAAAGAAAUCAGUCAAACUUCAUCAAGUCAGGUUUAUUUACUGAGUUCAUACAAUGCAUUACCUCCACCUCAUGAGGCUUUAUUAGAGAGAACAAAACAGCAAGAGAAGAUGGAGUGCCAGGUCUGUGCAGCUGAUGUGAAUGUCCUGAAGAGUCACGUAGAAAAACUAGUACAAAAUCACUUCAUAUAGAAGUUUUCUGAGUAAAAAAAUUUCUGGUGAUAAGCAUGCAAUAAUAGAUCACAAAAGUUGAUUUGGAAUACAAAUAACAUUUUGUUUUUUAUGUAAAUAUGUAUGUCUAUAUGUAGAUCUGUUAUCUUUCGGAAUUUCAAUAGCCUAAUCUCUAGAUCUGAACAUUAUACCUACACAUGCUCCUUGGAUCCUUAAUCUGGAAGUGACAGAAAGGUAGCAUAGUGCACAGACCCUUGUGCUGUGCUUUGCACUCAUGAGGGAUAUGUCAGUUUCUACUCCCUCACCCCCACUUUUAAGCAGACCAAAAUGUCUGGUAUUCAAUCUGGCAAUUAAAACAUUUAAGCAUAGUUGUUACGUAGUACAUCUGUAACCAUUACCAGUUCUCUAUUGAAUAGAAAGAUAAUUUACCACUCUAAUGGUUAACUUCUGUGGAGGAAGUAGUAAGCUCAUCUAUUAAGAAAGGGCUAGUAGUGUUUUUGACUCUCCAUUUCGGACUUGUAAUUAAUUAUGUGUAUUCUAUGCCACCCAGAUUAGAUAAGUGCUCUGGCCUUCACUCCCCUUUGGAUAUGUAUAGUUAAGGUGAUGUAGUUUGAAAAUCAAGACACAAGAUUUAAAUCCACGAUGUAAUAAUCAACAGAACUACUUAGUAGUGGAUACAGAAAUAAAAUUAUGUAUCUAUUUAAAGAGAAAAGCUUUCCAAAAUUCAGGGUAUUUGAAUAGUCUUCAUGGAAGUAUGUUUCUAGUUCUACCAGUUUUCCUGUAUUAUUUGGACUCCAUUCCUAUAUAAUUUGUCUAUUGUCUCUCUUUUCAAUGAACAUUGUCUUUUUUGGUAACUAAAAUCACAUACAAUUGAUGCACAUAUUUAGUUUUUCCUUCUUUGUAGUAACAAUACAUUAUAAACAUGAUUUACAUUUGUGAAUUUCCUGGGUGUUUUAUUUCUGAAUUAAAGAUUAUCAGUGAAAGGAUCUGUUAGUGUAAUGGACUACUCUCAACCACAAGAUGGCAUUCCUAACAUAAUUUGUCUUUGCUGAUAACAUUCUGCUUCAUUUUCUGGGAGAACUACCUCCAUAAAGAAACACAUUACAGGGGCUUCCCUGAUGGCACAGUGGUUAAGAAUCCGCCUGCCAAGGCAGGGGACACGGGUUCAAACCCUGGUCCGGGAAGAUCCCACAUGCCACGGAGCAACUAAGCCCAUGUGCCACAACUACUGAGCCUGCGCUGUAGAGCCCACGUGCCACAACUACUGAGCCUGCGUGCCACAACUACUGAAGCCUGUGUGCCUAGAGCCCGUGCUCCACAACGAGAGAAGCCACCACAAUGAGAAGCCUGCGCACUGCAAUUAAGCCACCACAAUGAGAAGCCUGCGCACUGCAAUUAAGAGAAGCCUGCCCACUCACCACAACUAGAGAAAGCCCACGUGCAGCCACAAAGACCCAACACAGCCAAAAAUAAAUAAAUAAACUUUAAAAAAAAAAUAUUACAAGUUGUCAAGAAAAAAUUGUAAUCGUUCAAUGAGCAAAAACAAUCUGUUUAAAAAAUUUUAAAAUUAAACUAAUUAUGUUAACUUUGGAUCUAUGGCUUCUAACAAGUACAUUUUAAAACCAAAACUUGAAAACCAAGAGCCGUUACAAGAAAAUAAUGGAAGAUUCAAAGUUUACUUAUUCACAUAGGUCUUAGUUAUUUUAUCAUUUGCUUUUAAGGAUAUUUGUUUCAGUAAAUGACAUGUUUAGAAAAUGCAUGUAAAUUAUCCUGUGUGUAUGAGAAUGCACUAUUUUUCUGAAAGUGGGAGGGACAGUGUUUAAAAAAAAAUGACAUGAUUUUUGCCCACAAGAACUGUAGUUAAGGAGACAACAUGUAAAAUUAAAUCAUGUAUUGAUACAACACAGAAGAGUUAUUGCAAGACAGGUCAUGAGUAAGUGAAAAAUGAUACAGUCAAGAGCUGUAGGAUUACCAUGGACCAGUCAGAAAAGGCUUCACAGAGGACAGAGAAACAGAGGUAAGUCCUGAAGGAUGGCAUGAUUUUCUAGGUGAAAAGGAAGGGGAAAUACAUUUUAGGCAGACAAAGGAAAUAGGUACGAUGAGUUGUUCAAGAGGGCACCUGCCUUUAUCUGUGGUUGGUUUGUUCUCUGUCCAAAACUUAUUUCAUGCCUUCACUUUUUCUUAAAACCAACUCUAGCCCUUCCCUCUCAGCUAAAAACCUUGCCUCAGUCAAGAGGGACAAACCAGCAGUGAAGACAUGGUUUCCCACCACCAAAUGUCUAAAUCUGCUGUACCUGUUUUCUCUGCUCGCCUGCCUGCCGCUGGGUUGAACUGGGUGGUAUUCCUUCAGGUGUGUCUUGGCUUCUGUUCCCGUCAGGGCACUCACAUCACUUGCCUCAUCAGUUCUCUCUGCUGUUUCUUCAGCCUCUCCCCUCUGAUGGAAGCUUGCUUUCUAUGCCGUUCAGAUGCUCUCUUUUCAUAUCUUAUAAAGCAUAAGAGCAAAACAAAACUAAACAUCCACAUUUCCCCCCAUCUACUCUUUUAUUUCUUUAUGUUCCAUUCAAGACCAAGCCUCUUCAAAAAGAGUUGUCUGCAUAUAUGGUCUCCACUUUCGUACCUCCCGUUUUCUCCAGAGUAUGUAAAGUACACUCACAGUUUAAGGAGGAAUAGUAAACAACCAUGUGCCCCACACCUUGCUUUAUGAAUAGACCAUUCCUCCUCUCUGACACCCACUGUGGCUCCUCUUUGAUUACGUUUACUUCUCUCCCUCAGAGGUAACCACUAUCCUAAAUUUUCUCUUCAUCAUUCCCUUGUUUGUAUUACAAUUUUGCACUGUUUAGUUUUGCCUCUUUUUAAAUUUAUGUAAAUGGAAUCAUACUAUAUAUGUUCUUCCAUGACCUUUUAUUUAAAAACUUUAAAAUUCAUCCAUGCAGAUGAGUGAAACCAUAGUUCAUUAAUUUGUAUUACUGUAUAAUAUUCUAUAGUAUGAAUACCAUAAUCUAUCCAUUUGCCAGUUAGUGGACAUUUAGAUUGUCUAAUAUUUAUAUGUUCUUGUAUCCAAUAGGUAUACUGUUUUGGAAAAUUGUGUUGAAGGCUAGUGAAAAUGGACUUCCAAACAUUUGUGAUUCUUUCUAAUGACGUAAAAAUAGAUUUCAUAUCUUGGCUGUAUUAAAAUAAAAACGUAUGGUCUGUUUAUGAUAUGAAAAAUUAUCAGUUCUUAGGCUAUGUUAUAAUUUCUACCUUAUCUUUGAAAUUAUUUUACCACGUCAAAAAUAUAGUGAACUUGUAAGAUUUUUGAGAAAAAAGGAGAUUUUUAAAUUACAUAUUAAUGAAAAUUGUAAAAUAUUUUUUCAUCAAAAUAGAGUUUAGAAGGUAAUAAAUUGUUCUCUUUGAAGUUUUUGUUAGAUUUUAAUAGCAACUCACUUUCAAAAACAAUCAUGGCAAAUACUGUUUCUCUCAAUCCAUUAAAAAUUGCCAUUUUUCAAAAUGGAAACUUUAAGAUAGAUAUUCCAGAGCUCAUAAGAAAUGCUAAAAUAAGAAAAAAAUGCUAGGAAUCAUUUUGAACAGAAGUUAAAAACAUUUUUAAACAACAACAAAAACUCUUCUUGGCACUCUUUAAGGCACAAAUAUCAAUGCACGUUGAUGUUUAAAUCACUCAAUUUUAUUUCAGAUUAAACUAGGCUUGCUUGUAUUCAUAGCAACAUUAAACUUUAAUUUAUAACUAUAUGCCAGCAAUAGGUUUUCUUUUGAAGCCACAUAAAAAAAUACUGUUUGGGCUAUACUUGACAGCACACGCCCCAGAUUUGCAAUCCAUGUUGUAGUAUAUCAUUUUCUUUAAAAUUAGAGAACUUCUAGGUUUUCAAUAUUUUAAAAAAAUAUUUAUUCAUUUAUUUAUUUAGGCUGUGCCAGCUCUUAGUUGCGGCACGUGGGACCUAGUUCCCCGACCAGGUAUCCAACCCAGGCCCCCUGCACUAGGAGCGCGAAGUCUCACCCACUGGAGUGCCAGGGAAGUCCCUCAGUAUGUUUUGUUUGCAGCACUUACUAUCUCAUGUUCUCAUUGAGUCACUCACUUGCUUUCUGUGCUGCUGCUGGUCUUUUCUUCUGACAUUUGUGUCCAUUUAUGACUUACUUUUUUAAUGACUUUACUGCCAUUUUAGUGGUCCCCAAAAGCAAUUCAAUGAUGUGACCUGGGUAUUGUUUCUGGUGCCAACCUCUAAAGUUGAUUCUCUGGUUUUCUGGAGAUUCUUUGGUCCAUUUAUUAUCUUUUAAUAAAUUUAUUUUAAUUUAAGCUUAAACUUGUUCGGAGUAACUUCUGUUAUUUGCAAUUAACAACCCUGCUUAAUACAGUUCUAAGUGAUGAUUACAGGUAAAAUUAGUGAGAUUGGCACCAAGUGAUAUAGAGUAGUUAAACAUUUUGAGCUGGGCAAAAAUAAGUUAAAGCAUUCGGUGGAAAUUGGUUAUAUACAGUUACAGGAAAGAGUAUUGUAUAUUUUAUUAUUAUUU